AAACAACACAACACAUUUAGGUUAAGACAUGAAAACGAUGACAACCAUGCAUUAUAACCUAAUUAACUUAAAGUAACUUUUUAAAGACCAAAUUCGAAGAAAACUGUUAACAGUAUGUGAUGGGACAUGUGAGGAAAGGAAAGGAGAGGAAAGUAAAGGGAUGGAAAAUAAGGCUGGUAAAAAGCAAGAUGUUAUGGCAAGGAUUUUGUAAAGUGUAUGUAUGCAGAUGGGAUUAGGCUGGGGGAGAUUGUGGGCUGAGGGCCCUUGGGUAAUGUUUUUGUCAGCAGAUAAACUUUAGAAAAGAUGGUGGAUAAAUGAAGAAGUCUUAUUCAGGCCGUUUACCAUUGAAGAAAAGGGUCACAGUUCCGGUCUACUUAUUAAGGAGUGGCUCUCGGGUCUGGUAUAAUUAGGUAAUUGACUGUACUGUAUAUGAACCAGAAAAAAGGAAGGAGUGAGAUGUUUCACUUCCUCCUCCGUCUCUGACUGUAGGCAGUUCCUACUCCCAUCAUGACCCAAACUGACAGAGCUGCACUAGUUGACCUCAAGAAACCUGAAGAAGCUUCCUUUUCAGAUAUGUAGUGUUUGAUAUCAGCAAAUGUGGGACACAUUUUAUUUUUAAGUGGGCAAGGAUGUGACAGGGUGUAGCUGAUAUUGUUGAGUUAAGUAACAUAGUCAUGUUACAUGCCUCCUAUUGGUCUGUUCGAACUGAUUCUUUGUGUUUUGUCUUAAUUGAUUGCAGGUGUGACUGCGGAGCAUGCGUCUCCUCCUGUUAUCUUAAAAUGGCUGCAUUUCCUGCCAACCAGGAAGAGGAAAAAAGAGCCGCUGCUACCUCCAAGUCCCAGACUAGCUCUAGCCUAUGGACUGAACUCCCAAUCACAGUUGAAAAUAAUUAUAUCUAGUCUCUGUGUUUAUUGUGAAAUUCUGAGUACAUCUUGUCGGAUCAGUGUCUGUGAGGACUUGGAGACAGUCAGCAAAGGUAAUUCUUGUUUUUUUUUGUGUUUGUGGGCUUGGCUAUUCCAUGCAUGUAGCACUUUAAAGUCUUUCAGACAUUUUUGAGAGUGAUGAAUGCAUUUUUUGUUACACUUAAUACAGUUUGCUGUGUGUGCACUAUAGAUGGGUUAGCUGAUAACCUCACAAAUGAUUUGUACGUUUCAAUGGUGAUUUCUGGAUGGCCAGACAGCUUCCAACAAUGACAAACUGCCUGUGGGGAAUCUGGAACUGUUUCUUCGUAAUGAAUCUACAGUAUAUACCACAACCUGGGAUUGGAUUCAUCCCAUGACUGAAGCUUCAGUUUCUCAGCCAAUUAUAGCACAGGGGGAGGUGGCAUGAUGUCGUCAGACAGGGAUAAAGGGACAGUGUACGACAACUUCCAGCUCAGGAACCAAUGGGAGAACAGAGCUAAGCAGUUCAGUCAGAAGGGACAACUGGAAAAGGAGAGACAAGGAAAGAGUGCCUUGAAUGGGCUUUACAAAAAGUGGCAGUCUCGCCUGGCGAACACAAAUGGAACCCCUACGGCAGCGGAGACGAAGGGAAAGGGCAGCAACAUAUCUGACUUCAGAAAGGUUGCGGUGAUCCCAGACGUUGAUGCUGACAUCGAAAGAGCCAUGUUUAAGGUGGUACCACCACCAAAGAUUCCCAAACCUGCUCCAUCCCCACCACCACCACCACCCAAAAAGAAACCACCCAAGAAGGCAAAGCACCAAGUUCUCAAACCAGCCGGAGGCUGGGAUGAGUCAUGGAAGAGCCUGAAGCCCCCAGAGCAGGAAGUCCAACCUGAGGAAAAAUGGUGGAGGGAUUUGAAGCCAGAUAGAUACCUACCUCUCAGCGAAUGGGCAAGGCCCUUCAAGUGUCGACCACUGUUAUUCAGUUUCAUCCUUCACCAGCAAACAGAGUGGUGGCAGCGAGGAUGGCCAGUGUUCAGCUGGGAACAAAGCAUCAAACUAUUGAAAGCUAAGCCUUUGGAUGUCGAAGUAAACCUUCUAGGGUGGGAGGACGCUUGGAAGACAUCCAAAUCUUUAUCCAAGCAACACAUUGAGAACCAGAUGAUUACAGAAACAGUACGGCUCAAAGCCUUCUUCCCAGGCUGGACAGAAUCUUGGAAGGUCGCAGGUGAAAAUGUCCAAAACAGUGGCCGAUAUCUGAGGGAUUGGCACGAGUCCUGGAGUUUGUGCCAAGACCACCACUGGUACAAGGCCCCCAUAGACUCCCAGUUGAUGUCAAAACAUGUGUUGUCCGAUGAGUUGUUGAUCUCUCAGCUUGAUGAGGAUAUCCCAUCUUCAUCAGAUUGGAUAGAGUCCUGGAAAUCUGUGAAAUCUCAGCUCCAGUACCAAGAGUCCGAGUCAGAGCCCAAAGGGACUGAAUUAAAGGUAGAAAUGUCCCAUGUGCCACUGCAUUUCCAGUUCCACAAGCUUAACACACCUUUCUCAAACUGGCACAAGUCUUGGAAAGUGUCAACUGCAAAUAAUGAAGCAAUUGAAGAUGGAUGGAAAGGUUCCUGGAAGAUAUGUAGUCAGCAUCAAAAUGACACAAAUGCCCAAAGAGAUGUUGUGUUUUUCUCAAAUAAGUACAAGACCCAAAGGUUCCGGGGUGUUGACAGCAUGCCUCAGAGUGAAUGGUCUAAAUCCUGGAAGACCCCCAUGCCUCCCCAACAUACUUUCUUGCCAGGUUGGAAAGAAUCUUGGAAACAAAACAGCAAUCCAUAUUGGAAUGAUUGGCAUGAGUCCUGGAGUUUGUGCCAAGAACACCACUGUUGCAAGUCCUUUAUGGACUUCCAGUACUGUCAUCAUGCUAUGAUGAUGUCAAAAUGCUUGCUGACCAAUGAGCUGUUGAGCUCCCAGCUUGAUGAGGAAAUCCCAUCUUCAUACGAGUGGAUUGUGUCCUGGAAAUCUGUGAAACCUUAUCCUCAGUCCCAGUCAGAUUCAGAAGAAACUGAAUCGGUGUUGGAAAUGUCCCAUGUCCCACUGCCUUUUCAGUUCUACAAGCUUAACACACCUUUCUCAAACUGGCAUGAGUCUUGGAAAGUGUCAACUGCGCAAGCUGUAGCAGGUAAAGAUGAACAACAACAUCCUUCAACAAAAUGGGCGGAUUCCUGGAAGAUAUCUUGGACGAACCUAAAUAGAAAUGACUUAAAACCCCAAAGGGAUGUUGUAUUUUUCUCAAGGCAUAAGACUGAAUGUUUUUUGAGCGUUGACUGUAUGGUCCAGAAUGAAUGGUCUGAAUGCUGGAAGACCAUCAAGCCUACCCAAUACACUACGACACAGGAGGAGGAGGAGGAAAAAUAUAGCCAUUCUGAAUCCUCUAAUAAUUUGUCACAUCUAAUAGAGAUUCCUUUGAAUGAUUGGGCAGAAUCAUGGAGGUUCAAGCCAGAGGAUGAGAGCCCCACCUCACCCAAGAUGCUGAAAGCCAGCACACCAUCAUAUCCUCAGCCUUACAAAUAUAAUCUUAACCAGGCAAUCUGGGGUGAUUCCUGGAAAAUCCUGAAGCCCCCACAGAAGGAAGUCCCAUCUGGAAAAAAAUGGUGGAGGGUGUUUAAGCAGGACAGAAACCUACCUUUCAAUGAAUGGGCAAAGCCCUUCAAGUGUCGACCACUGCUAUUCAGUCGCUUACUGCACACACAAACAACAUCCUGGCAGCAGGGAUGGCCAGCUUUCAGCCGGGAACAAAGCAACAAACUACUGAAUGCUAAGCGUUUGGAUAACAAAGUAAACCUUCCGGAGUGGGAGGAUGCAUGGAAGACACUCAAGCCUUUACACAAGCAGCAUACUGAGAACAAGAUGAUUACAGAAAGAGUACAGCCCGAUGGCUUCUUACCAGGUUGGACAGAAUCUUGGAAGGUCGCAGGUAACAAUGUUCAAAACAACAAUCCAUAUCUGAAGGAUUGGCAUGAGUCCUGGAGUUCUUGUCAUGAACAUCACUCAUACAGGGCCUCUAUAUACUCCCAGAAUCGGCAGUUUCUCCCUGUAUCACUAAAACACAAGCUGUUCAAGGAUCUGUUGAUCUCCCAGCUUGAUGAAAACAUUAUGUCCUCACCAGAAGGGGUAGAGUCCUGGAAAUCUUUGAAAAAUCAACCUCAGUCCCAGGCAGAGCUCGAAGAAAUUGAUUGUCCGAAUCUGUCAAAAAACAACACAAAAGCCCAAAAUGAUUUUGUGUUUUUGUCCAAUAAGCAUAAGACUUACAAGUGCCUGGGUGUCGAUCAUGCUGAAAACAGCAUGCCUCAGAAUGAAUGGUCUGAAUCUUGGAAGACACAGCAGCACCAGCAGCAGUUGGAGGACUGGGCAGAGUCUUGGAGGUUAUCUGUCGCCCCAGAAUCCAACAACUCAGUAUCACUGGACCGGUGGAAACAAUCAUGGAGACUCUCAAAACCAAAUCACCCACAUCAGCUUAACCAGGGCACAGAACCUCUCAUACACAACAGCCCCAAACACCACAUGCAACUCCACGGGGUUGAACUGCCCCAGGCAGAAUGGAGCAACUCCUGGCAGUACCUCAAGUCAGACACUCUGGAUCCUAACACGAAGAAGGAAACAGACAUACAGUAGAACAUUAUAACAUGUACGUCAACUGAUCAGAUAUGUAUUUGAUCCUAUACUAUUUUUACUUCAUGUCAAUAUACAUACUGGUUAAAUGUCUUAUUACUGGACACAUUGGAGUGAGACUAGCAGAAUUCUCUGCUGCAGAGAGGAGGUUGGGGUGGAUGAAGAGUGUAACACGUGGUUUACAUUGCUCUUGGAAACUUUAAAUCUAACCUAAACUAAUUAUUUCUAUUCUAUUGACUGAAAUGUUGUUGUUUUCUACCUGCUGUUGUUGCUACUUCUAUUGUUGCUGGUUGUCUUUGUGACUAAAUUAGUGCUUGAUUGACGAACACUUUAUCCAUCUGGGAUUAAUAAAUAUAAUUUAAUUAUCAUAUUAAUUGCUAAAGUAACAUCAAUGUUGAAGGUUUCUCUUAAAUUGCCAGAGCGUUCACCAGGACUGAACUGGGAUCUUGUAACGAUGUGCGCUGAGAGUUGGGAAGAAAGUUCAGGGAGUGAGUGUUUAAAUAAAUAAACGCAACUUAAUACAAAA